AUGGACUUUCGCACUGCGCCAAAGCCGUGGGUUGUCCAAAAAUAUGGCGGUACAAGCCUUGGGAAAUUACUGGACAAGGUGUGUGGGACAAUCAUUCCAUCAUAUCUUGACAGGAACAAUGUUGCCGUAGUCUGCUCUGCAUUAUCCGGGGCCACCAAGGCCACUGGCACGACAAGUUUGCUGCUCGACUGUCUUCAAUAUGCAGAGGGGGUCGGUAUGGAAUCAAUAGGCUGCAUAGAUGCGGCGAUUGAUAGCAUCCGUGAUGCCCAUCUGAAUAAAUUGCAUUCAUUUCGAGCCUAUUCCAGCAACAUUGGCGACUCGCUGCUCAAUGAGACUGCUGUCAGUGUGGUCAACGACUGCGAAGAAACUCGGAAAUUCCUUCUUGCAGCCCAGGUUGUAGGAGAUCUGUCCCCACGUACCAAAGAUCGGGUGCUCUCAUUAGGAGAGAGAUUGGCGUGUAAUGUCGUGGCAGCUGCGUUGACCAUCAAGGGAAUUCCUGCUCGAGUAAUCAAUCUGGACAACAUUGUCGCAUCUCUGCCAGACCAGGAAGCUGAAUUCGAACGCCUUGGAACUGGAUUCUACCAUCGGCUCUCGCAGAAGAUUGGAUCAAUAGUAUCCGAAUCUACAGAUGCGGUGCCUAUUAUCACUGGUUUUUUCGGCCUCAUGCCUAACUCGCUCCUCCGGUGUGUUGGUCGGGGGUAUUCCGACCUCUGUGGCGCAAUGUGUGCGGCAGGACUGAACGCUAUAGAAUACCAGAUUUGGAAAGAAGUUGAUGGAAUCUUUACCGCGGAUCCCAGAAAAGUGCCAUCAGCGCGGGUGCUGGCUACCGUUACCGCAGAGGAGGCUGCAGAACUGACUUUUUUUGGCAGCGAGGUGAUCCACCCCCUUACCAUGGAGCAACUAUAUAAGUCGGGGGUUGUCUUGCGACUGAAAAACGUAUUCAAUCCCAGCGGGUCCGGGACUGUGAUCUACCCAUCCGCUCCCAAGACAGACUGCCAGGUGAAUGAAGUAGCGCAGGAGUGCGUCAGUUUUAUGCUUUCCAACGGAUACCACGGGCAGCCUCAAAGCAGACGACGCCCAACUGCUAUUACCAACAAAGAAGGCCUCACUCUGAUCAAUGUCGCAUAUAGCCGGACCGCCAAGUCACAAAGUUUCUUGACUUCCAUCUUUUCGCAGCUUGAACGGAAUAGCAUAGUUCCGGAUUUAGUCACCACAAGUGAGCGAAAUGUCAGUCUUGCAAUCCAGGCAUCAAACGAUAAACUCGCCAGGGAUUUGCAAGAAUUUGGAUCUGUUACGAUAUUGGAAAACAUGAAUAUUGUCUCUGUUAUUGGCCAGAGGAUGCGCAAUAUGGUCGGCACUGCAAAUAUUUUCGGCACUAUCAUCCGCAAAAAUCAAUAUUUACAUGAUCAGCCAAGGGGCAAGCGAGAUAAACAUUUCGUGCGCGCUUUCUUCUCCAUUUACAUAUAA